CACUCUGCCAUCCGUCGCUCGAGCGUCGUCUCCCUCCAACUGUCAAGCUGGCGAACAUGAGGAGCUCGGGAGAGGUGCUGAGAGAGGGCGAGCUGGAAAAGCGAAGCGACAGCCUGUUCCAGGUGUGGAAGAAGAAGCGCGGCGUGCUCACCACCGACCGCCUGAAGCUGUUCCCCACCGGCCUCGGCGCGCGCCCCAAGGAGCUGCGUUUCCACUCCAUCCUCAAGGUGGACUGCGUGGAGCGCACCGGCAAAUACGUGUACUUCACCAUCGUCACCACCGACCACAAGGAGAUCGACUUCCGCUGCGCGGGCGGGAGCCACUGGAACGCGUCCAUCACGCUGGCGCUCAUCGACUUCCAGAACCGCCGCGCCCUGCAAGACUUCCGCAGCCUCCGCGAGCGCACCGCGGCCGCCGCGGCCGCCGCGGCCGCCGCGGAGCAGGAGCCCGAGGAGGCCGGGGCGACCGGCCAGUCCUAAGUCCCGCCGCGGACCAUGCGGGCCGCACCAUCGCGAGCCCAGAAGAUGCCCUGGGAGACAAGAGCCGCGACAGCACCUAACUGCUGACCAGGGCAAGGAUAUAGCCCGGUGCUACUCUACUUCACACACAAUGACCUUUCCGUGCUGAUUCACUGAGCCUCACAGAGUCCGCUGAGUGGGGAAGCUAAAUAGUUAGCUAUCCACAUGGCAGCCCACUCCAGUAUUCUUGCCUGGAGAAUCCCAUGGAUGGAGAAGCCUGGUGGGCUACAGUCCACGGGGUCGCAAAGAGUCGGACACGACUGAGCGACUUCACUCACUAUGUAUUUAUUUCGAUGGUACCUGUAUCCAAACCAUCUGUCUUAAUGUUUGUAUUCCACCAUUCCAAUAAAUCACUUGAUUCAUUCUCUUUUCUAUCA